UGUUUAUAAAAUUAUAUCAAGUAAUACUGAACAGAAUACUGAACAUAAUACUGAACAGAGUACUGAACAGAAUUUAGUUAUUUUUAAAAAUACCGAACAGAAUACUGAACAUAAUACUGAACAGAAUUUAGUUAUUUUUAACAAUACUGAACUUGAUACUGAACAGAGUACUGAACAAAAUUUAGUUAUUUUUAAAGAUACCGAUCAGAAUACUGAACAUAAUACUGAGCAGUGUACUGAACUAGAUGUUCGUCUACUAAAUCUCGCACCUGGUUGGAUGCCACAGUUGGCUAUGAUUUCUAAAUAUAUAAACACGGAUACUGUAAUUUCGGAUUUGCAGAUUGAAUCAAAGGAACCAUUUAAAGCACUACCAUGUGACUAUAAG